AGUAUCCGGCGCAGCGGCAAUUCACGCGAUGUCCGAUCCCCGGCGACUUCCUCACCCCAGGCCUCCCCCGAGUCCACGCCCCCAUAGAGCGCACGCCCUCGCCGCGCCCACGCCGCGCCCCAUAGAACGCAACGCACGCCCUCGCCACGCCGCGCCGCGCCGCGAGCCCCGCCCCGCUCCGCCCCACCGCGCCGCAACGAUGUCAUCCAGGCGCCCGUCCGCAUCCGCCAUGGACGCCGACGCGCCCCCCUCCCCUCCCAGAUCGAAGAAGCGCCCGUCCCGCAGGAGCGACAGCGACUGGAGCCCAAACCCUAGCCCCCGCGGCUCCCCGACCGAGCACAAGCGCAGGCGCCGCACGUCCGCGGAGUCCGCCGCGCUCGCGCUCACCGCGGUGGCCGCGCGCGCGUCCGCGGCCGGCUCCGACGCGGGCCGCGGCGGCGCCCGGAGGAGCCAACGCCCGCGCCGGCGCACGGCACGCGCUGACGGGGGCGACGGGGCCAUCCAGAUGCUCGGGGCCGCGGCCGCCCGCGUCGGCGUCCAGAAGCACAAGUGGAGCGACGCCGACGAGUUCACGCUCCUCGCCGCCGCCGUCGCCUUCCGCGAGCGCAACGGCCAUGCCCCGCGCCUCCCGGACAUGGCCGAGCUGUUCGACUCCAUCUGCGACUCCAUCUCCCCGCACAUCGACCAGUUCAUGGUGUACUACAAGAUGAAGCGGUUGAAGAGCAAGUUCCAGCACUCUGAUGGCCCGCGCGACCGUCGCCUGCGCAACAUGUGCUCCGUCCUGUGGGGCGUCGGCGUCGUUCCCUCUUCCGAGGACGACUCGGACGCCGGCGAGAGAAGUGGUGUACCGGAUGCAGCAGCCAUGAUGCCGGUGGUCGCCGAGGUGCUCGGUGAGUACUGGAAAACCAAUGAGCGAGUCAUGGCGGGGGUGCCCCUUGAGAAGGGCCUGUCACUAUUGGGGAAAAAAGAGGGCAGAUUGCUUGAAACCAAGUGGAGGCAGCAGCUUGAUGAAGAGAUGCAAUCGCAGAUGCGGCAGCAUGAUCUGGCCAAGGAAGUCUGCGGCUUGCUCACUGAUGCCAUCAAGGGCCUCGGCCCUUAGCUCGGAUGGAUUGUGGAAGAACGCACAUUUGCGCACAUAACUAGUUUUCAGAUACUGUGCAUUCUCUGAAACCAUGUUCUGAUGAAUUUGCUGUAACUUAUCUCAAUCCGUCCAAUAAUGCAGUGCUAUUCUAUCC